UGGCAUGGAGUUGACUGCUGAGAGCCUGAAGCUGAUGAAGGUUAACCAAGACAGGCUCGGCCGAAGCCUGGACCGACUGUCCGCUGAGCUCUAUAGCAAAGAUGCACACUUUGUGUUGGAACUCAUCCAGAAUGCGGAUGACAAUGACUAUCCAUCGGAGGCCAGCCCGGCCCUGGCCUUUGUGGUGGAGGGAGACUGCGUCACCAUCCUCAACAACGAGUCGGGCUUCCAGGAGAAGAAUAUCAGGGCUGUCUGUGACGUGGGCCGCACCACCAAAGGCAAACACAAAUACGGAUAUAUAGGUCAAAAGGGCAUCGGCUUCAAGUCAGUAUUUAAGGUUACAGACUGUCCUGAGAUCCACUCGAACGGUUUCCACCUGCGCUUCGAUAAGAACAGCGGCCCCACAGGAUACAUCCUGCCGCACUGGAUAGAUGAUGAGAGGCCUGUGGACACGGCGAGGAAUGGCCUAAAUGAGUAUAGUUGGACCACUAAGAUCUGCCUGCCGCUACGCUCAGAUACCCACCAGACCAAAAACCUGUUCCAUGACGUCCACCCCUCCCUGCUGCUCUUCCUGCACCGCCUGCGCUCCAUCACCAUCCAUAGCCAUAGGGAGAAGUCGCCUGUGACGAUGACUCGCCGAGACCUGAGUCACAACAUUGUCGAGGUGGAACACACGGAGGGGACAGAACGCUGGCUCCUGGUUAAACGCAUGCUACAGCCAAAGAAGGUCAAAGAGGAUGUGGAGUCCACGGAGCUAGCUCUGGCCUUCCAGCUUAGCGACACCGUCUCAGCAAGUGACCUCAGAGUGCAGCCCCAAAAACAGCCCGUCUUCGCCUUCCUACCCCUACGCAGUUUUGGGUUUCGCUUCAUCAUACAAGGGGACUUUGAUAUCCCUUCGUCCCGUGAAGAUGUGGACAGAGACAGUUCGUGGAACCAGUGGCUGCGUUCGGAGAUACCCCAGCUCUUCCUUCAGGCCAUGGAGGUCUUCACUAUUCACCCGGAGUUCAGUGGGUUGAAGGGCCUAUGCAAUUUCUUGCAGUUUGUCCCCUUGCCUGAUGAGGCGCUUGACUUCUUCAAGCCUGUUGCCGGGCAGAUUAUUCAGCUGCUCAAGGGCAAGGCCUUUCUACCCACUCUCAGCUCAGGCGGCCAUGUGGUGUACAAGCUCCCAUCCCAGGUGGCCAUCUGUCAGGACACAGUCAUCCGUGAUGUGAUUGGGGCAGAGGAGCUUGACAGACACCUCUCACUGGCCUAUCUCCACCCGGGCCUGCACCCCGCCCCACCCCUCACCUUGCUCAAACAUCUGGGGGUCCGACACCUGAGGGGUUCAGAUGUGACCACGGUGACGAUGGCUAUGGCCAAGGAGCUCAUGCAAGGGCAAGACUUGAUUUCAGACGGCGGGCUACGUCAGCUGGCCCGGCUGCUGGUUUGUAACUUCCGCGCCCUGGAGCAUGGCUACGGAGACACGGACUCCAUCUUGCAAACCCUCAGAGAGCUGCCCAUAAUUCCUCUGGCUGAUGGACACGUGGUUGCAUUAAGUGCGCAGGGGGUGUUCUUCCCCAUGGAGAAAACAAAGAAGAAGAAGAAGAAAGCUGAACCAGAGAUGUUCUCUGCGCUCUACAAAGACGUGAGUGUGGUGCAUCCCUCUCUGCUGUGCUGUGAGGAGCCUCUCGAGGCCCAGCAGGUAUUUGAGCUGCUGAGGAAACUGGGGGUCCAUGAACUGGAGCCUCAACAGCUACUGGAGCAGCACAUCUACCCUGCGCUCCACAACGGCAGCUGGAAGUCCAAACCUGAGCCAGUGGUUGUGAGCUACCUGGUCUUCAUCAAGCAGUACUCCUCCUCCAGCCAAGAGUACUCAGACACAGCAGUACCCGUCCUCACCAGCAGAGGUCUGCUGUGCCCAGCGCAAGACCGGGUUCACUUCUCACAAGAGUACGGCAACAUCAACCUGCCUGAAAAGCUGCCUGGCCACGACUGGGUUCUGCUGAGUUCCUGCUACGUGGAAACGGACAACGACGUAGCGGGAUGGAGAGAGCUCUUCACCAGGCUGGGGGUCCGAGACCGACUCCUCAUCCGUAAACAAAGACGCACCCUCACCGCUGAAGAACUGGCCUCCAGCACCUGGUCAGCAGAGAGUGAGCUAUGGUCGCUGGGCCUGAAGGAGAGGGGAUGUGUCCUGGACGACUACCCCAGUGAGGAGUUCCACUCCCUGGCCACAGCUCAGCUGCCUGCCCACCAACUCUUGGAGCAGAGACAAACUCUGCUGAGGCUGUUGGUGGACAACUGGAACACUGGUGACAACUACUCACAGUACCUUACAGCCGACGUAAUCGACAACAACGGACACCAAGUUAAAACCACCAAAUCCUCCUUCUUCCACUUCCUGGCCCGCCUCAAAUGGGUACCGUCCUAUCUCCUCCUUGAGGACGGAAGUCAAGAAGCUACCUUCUUGUGUCCAAACUCAGUGUACUUGUUUUCACCCGAGGUCUUCGGCCUUCUGGGGACUCACGUCUGCUAUGUGGACAUACAGCCCAGCGAGUUCAGUAGAGCUCUCGGCAUGAACCACAACAUCUCUGUGGAAGAGCUGACCAGUUACCUAAAGAAAUGGUGCAUCAAGCCUGAGGCUGAGAACCAGGACGAGACACUGGCCGACGAGUCCGACGGGUCCGAUUUCACCUCCACCAUACAACACAUCCACAAUGUCUACUCCUACCUGCAGAAGAACUUCUCUCAGAGCAGCCUCAAGGAGCUGUUCCAGCAUACUCCGGCUGUCUUCAUAGAGCACAGCAGGCGUGACAAUGGCUGGUGUUCUGGCCACUUCCACCACCUGAAGGAGGUGUGCUGGAGAGACCCGACCACCAUGUUCCAGCGUUACAAACAACUUGUAUGCAACCCAGGCAGCAACGUCCAGCAGCCCAGGGUCCUAGCCCCCUUCUAUAGCCAACUGGAAGGCAUGAAGGACUUCUUCACCAGGCUGUUGAAUGUGGAGCACAGCCCCAACAUGAAGCAGUAUGUGGAUUUACUGGAGCUGAUCUCUUCGUCCUCCCCCAUACCGACUGCAUCUGUGCUACAGGACGUGUCAGUGCUGUAUGCCACAUUAGCGCAAAAGUGCAAGAUUCCGAUGUCUGGCGACCAUGAUGACAUCACCCAAACCAACUCCAGCUACUGCAGCACCCUGAAGGGUAUGUUGGUCGACAAGAGGGUGUUCCCCACGAAGGAAAACACCUGGGUGACCCUGGCCCGCAGACCGAUGAUCGCAGACAGCAAAGAGCUGGAGAAGAUCUUUAAACCCCACCAGCAGGUCUGUCUGCUCAACAUGCCUCCACCAACCAAGACCACUGGCCCCGCCAGCAGGACUGGGAACCAGCAGGGUCAGGCAGCGACAAAAGAGCAAGGUAGCAGAAACACACCUUGCUUCAGCGAGAGCAACCGGUCUCUGUUCCUGGAGAUCUGCAAUGUCCGUCGGCUGUCCGAGUGCGUGAGGACGGAGGCCCAGACGGAAGUCUGGAGGCCCUCUCCCUUCCUGCAGAACCUGGUGCGCUCGAUGGUUCCCUAUAUCCAGAGGUUCCUCUACCACCAUGAGGAGCUGACAGAUGUUUACGCAGAGCUGCUUGAUGACCACAUCGGCAACCGAAUCAAGCAACUUUCCUAUGGGCAGGUAGGCAAGCUGUAUAUCCACUACCUGCUGUCUGUACCAGACGAGGCACCCGUGGUGGAGGUAGAGGAUGUCAUCUGUCUCUUAAAGGACAGGAAGGAGUUCUAUAUCCAGCAAGACCACCUAUCACCCAAGCUAGACAUCUGCAGAGAGCUGGUGAAACUUUUCUGCUUGGAGUCCAGCCACCAGCGCGAACUGCUGGAUUUCCUGAGCAGGUUAAUGACCUCCCUCAGCGACCCAAGCGCACUAAAGAGAUUCCUGCAUAGGGAGGACGUCAAAGAACUGCCUCCUGAUCAGGAACCGUGGGAGGUCCCAGAGGUUAAACAGGAGAAAGUCCUGCCAAAGGGGUCCACUUUUGUUAGCACCCAGGAGGAGCCACCUCGACCGGGGCAAGAGGACAGAGACCAGACGCUUAUCUCCUGGCCUCCACGAGCGCCCAUCCAAAACAUCUGUAGCAGCACAGGUGGCGGUCACGCAGACGCGAACGCGGUAGAGGCGGUGAUGAAGAUGUGGCCUCCGCCCGCGCCACCUAAAGACAGAGACACCGAGAGAGAGGUCGCUUCCAGGGGGGGCAGCCAUGUCAGGGUUCCCCAGAGUCCCGCCAAUGCCUUGGAGGGUAACCCGCCCCCAAGAGCUGGUGACAGACCUGCGGACCCACACAGCCCUUACGGAGACCACAGCCUCCCGAGCCGACCCAGCUCAACUGUAACAACCACUGGCAACCCGCAGUCUUCAGAGCGUAGCCAACAGAGUGGCGACAGAAUGGGUCAGACCACUGGCAGAGGAGAACCUGGAGAGGAAUGGCCCAAGACUGUCAGGACCGACCCCAGCACCGCUAACACAGACCAUGCCAAGACAGACAUGCCAGACAACCACGUUGUCGGCCCCGAGGCGGUGGUGCUGGGCAGCAUGUUCCAGGGGGCUGGAGGUGUUUGCCAGCGCCCCCCCCUGGCCCUGGACUUUGCUCAGUGGAACAAAGCCCAUCUCCCGCUGGACACUCUGGAGAACAUGGAGCUCACCUGCCAGAUACCCAACACUGUGGUGCUGUCGGACGAGCCGAACGACCUGGCAGAGAUCGGGGAGUGGGGAGAGCAGCUGGUCAACUCCUUCCUGUGCCACUGGAAGGACAGUGACGCUCCCGGGUGCCCCUCCGCUAUCAUUUGGUGCAACCAGCACGCAGAGAGCGGCCAGCCCUACGACUUCAAACUCACCUUUGGGCCGACAGACGGGCCGGAGAACGGGCAGAGCGGCAAAGUGGUGUAUGUGGAGGUCAAGGCGACGGUGAAGACAGAGAAGGCGUUCAUCCACCUCUCUGCCAAUGAGCUGGAUUUCGCAUUGAAAGAGAAGGAGCGGUAUCACGUGUACCGAGUGUACUGCGCCGGAGACGCCAAGAAUGUCCGCCUGUGCCGCAUUCAGAACCUGGCACAGCACCUCCACGCCAAAGACCUCAAGUUGUUCCUGUUCAUAUAAACUUGUCAGGACAACAGAAUAAUGGCCUGACAUUAGAAAGGUUGAACCAUCCCGUUGCUCUCACUUCUCUGACUGAUCGAGUCUGUCCAUCCAUUUGACAAGCACUAAGGGUUCUACCGAAGUGCUGCUCUGUCCAGAUGAGGACAUUUACCCCAGCAGUCCUGUAAAUAAUGGCAACUUGGGUCGUCCAGGUAGCAUAGCGGUCUAUUCCGUUGCCUACCAACACGGGGAUCGCCAGUUCGAAUCCCCGUGUUGCCUCCGGCUUGGUCGGGUGUCCCUACAGACACAAUUGGCCGUGUGGGUAUGUGUCCUGGUCGCUGCACUAGCGCCUCCUCUGGUUGGUCGGGGCGCCUGUUCGGGGGGAGGACCAGGGAAUCAGUGAUUCUCUGGUCAUCUUCCAGAAUCAGUGAUGAAUGAAUGAAUGAUUUUAUUUUUAAUUUUUUAUAAUUACAAUGGAUUUUGCCUCUUGACAGUCCAGAAUAUAAGCCAUAUUAUAGGCCAUGUAGAGACACAUUGCAACAGAGCCCUGUGAUGGCCUGGCGGCCUGUCCAGGGUGUCUCCCCGCCUGCCGCCCAAUGACUGCUGGGAUGGGCUCCAGCAUCCCCGCGACCCUGAGAGCAGGACAGGCGGUUUGGAUGGACGGACGUUGGAACAGGAAUUGAAGAGCGGGUAGAGAUAGCAGGUCUAAGAGUACUACAUCUGUCACGAAAGAAAAAACUUGAGGCGGCGCAAUCAUGAUUAUAUUUUUGCAUUACGUUAUAUUAACUCUGUGAAAGUGUGUGUCUUUGCUUUAUGAUUUACAAUAUCUAAAAAAAAAUGCACUGUAUUCUGCACUGAAGGGCCAGACCUUUUUGAAAGUAAUUUCCUGUCUUUUCAAGGAGAUUGAAAUUGCACUGAUUUUUCGGUCUUUGUUGUUUUUUAAGUUUCAUCCUUAAAGGAAGGAGCAAAUUUUUCCUUUUUUAUUUUUAUUUUAAAAACACAUACCUUUUCCUAGCCUAAUCAGGCCAAGAUUUACACAUUCCUUUUUUAAGUCAUUUGAAUUCAUUAGAAUAGUUUAUCUUGGGCGUCCGGGUAGGGUAGUGUUCUAUUCCGUUGCCUACCAACAUGGGGAUCGCUGGUUCGAAUCCCUGUGUUACUUCCGGCUUAGUCGGGCGUCCCUACAGACAUAAUUGGCCGUGUCUGCGGGUGGGAAGCCGGAUGUGGUCGCGGCCCUAGCGCCUCCUCUGGUCAGUCAGGGCACCUGUUUGGGGAGGGGGAACUGGGGGGAAUAGCGUGAUCCUCCCACGUGCUACGUCCCCCUGGUGAAACUCCUCACUGUCAGGUGAAAGGAAGUGGCUGGCGACUCCACAUGUAUCGGAGGAGGCAGGUGGUAGUCUGCAGCCGUCCCCGGCAGAGGGGGUGGAGCAGCGACCGGGACGGCUCGGUAGAGGGGGGGGGGGGUAAUUGGCCAAGUACAAUUGGGGAGAAAAAGGGAGGGGGAAAGUUCGUUUUAUCGUUAAUAGAGCAUAAACAGCUGUCUGUGUUUUAGUAUGCAUGCAAUUUGAACUUCAUGUUUUUAAUACUGAAAAUACUAUCUUUCUGUACCUUUACUGUCAUACUCCGUAGAGAAAUAAAAUGUUUUU